CAAAGUUUAAAAAAAAAAAAAUUCAACGAAACGACGAAUCAAAACAAUAACUACCAACUUAACAAUAUAGCUGACCUAUGCAUUUAUAAAUGUAUUUAUAUAUACAUAUAUAUUGUUUGGUACUUCAUCAAUCCUUUCCCGAAACGCAAAACUCUCCUCCAAACCGAACCGGCUUUCUUCCUUUUCUCUCUCUAAAAUAUACUACUAUUUUCUUUCUCGCACUAAUCCAUUCCCCUACCUCCCUCUCUCGUGUCACUUUCCUCUCACACCCACGUUUCUUCAUGGCUUCACCCACAAUUUUCUCUCUCUUCCCCAUACAAAACCAAAGCCCACCACCACCGCAACAUCAACACACCACCACCCAAGGCUAUUCAAAUCACUUUCUUCUGUUUCGACAUUACAUUUACACAGAGAUCGACCAUGAGGCUGUUUGUGUAUGUGUUGGAGGGUAGAGAUUUGGCGGUGAAGGACUCGUAUGUGAAGCUUCAGGUUGGGAAGUUCAAGUCCAAGACUAGGGUUUUGAGGAGCACCACAAACCCAGUUUGGAAUGAAGAGUUCGUGUUUAGAGUCCAUGAAAUGGACGACGAACUCACACUCUCUGUGUAUCAACACAAUGACGACUCUGGCUUCUUCCAUUCGUCUGGUGAUUUUGUGGGUCGGGUCCAAAUUCCGGUAUCGUCCGUCGCCGCUGAAGCGAAUCAGAAUCUGCCCCUCACUUGGUUUUCGCUUGAGAAACCAAAGACUCCAAAAUCAAAUAACAUAUUUAGUGAUGCAGGGAAAAUUCUUGUCACUCUUUCUCUUCAUGGUAGAGGCCAAAUUAUAUCUGCCAACCACGUUUCCUAUGUACAUCCAAGUAUUAGAAGUGGAGGCUCUAAAGAAUGGGAAGGCACAUAUAAUUCAUUUCAAGAUAUUUGCUGCAGAGCUCCAUCUCGGAAGAUCCAAGAAGGGAAACAUGUUCUGAAGGCUAUUGCGGGCCGUUUGGAGAGGCUUUUUAAUAAGAAUGAAGCAACUUCAAGAGAUGAUGAUUCCUCAGAGUUAUCAUCCACUACUCUGUCUGAUUAUGAGGACUCCAUGGAGGAACCUCCCCCUAGCUGUAGUUUUGAAGGUGGUCUUGAGAUGAUGCAGUCAACGAAUGAUGAACGAGAAAUGCCUGAGAACCUGCAGGGGGGCACUGUUUUGGAUCAGACGUAUGUGGUACCAUCCAAAGAUCUCAACAUGUUUCUUUUUGCUCCCAACUCACACUUCAGGCGAGAUCUGGCAGAACUACAGGGAACAACAGAUGUACAAGAGGGGCCUUGGACAUGGAAAUCAGAUAAUAUUUCCUGUUUAACACGAGUUGUUACUUACACAAAAGCUGCAACCAAGUUAGUUAAGGCUGUUAAAGCCACUGAGGGGCAAACCUAUAUUAAGGCAGAUGGAGGAGAAUUUGCUAUUUUGGUAAAUGUAAGUACACCAGAUGUUCCAUUUGGAAAUACAUUCAAUGUCGAAUUACUUUACAGGAUAAUGCCUGGGCCAGAGCUUUCUUCUGGAGAAGAAACAUCUUGUCUUGUAGUAUCCUGGGGCAUGAAAUUCAAUCAGAACACUAUGAUGAGAGGCAUGAUAGAGGGAGGAGCUCGGCAGGGAUUAAAGGAGAGUUUUGAUCAAUUUGCCAGCUUGCUAGCUAAAACUUAUAAAUCGGUAAAUUCUGCAGAUAUAUUGGACAAAGACCAUGUUCUGGCAACUUUGCAAACUGAGUACCAGUCAGAUUGGGAAUUGGCAACCAAGUAUUUCUGGAAUUUUACUGUGGUUUCCACUGCCUUUAUGAUUUUGUAUGUCUUGGCGCAUAUUUUAGUUUGUGGACACAGCAAGCUCCAAGGGUUGGAAAUUAGUGGUCUCGAUUUGCCAGACAGCUUUGGAGAACUCAUCACCUGUGGAAUUUUGAUCAUUCAACUCGAGCGUGUAUAUAACAUGGUAUUACACUUUGUACAAGCUAGGUUUCAUAGAGGAAGUGACCAUGGAGUCAAAGCCCAAGGUGAUGGAUGGGUGCUUACAGUCGCUUUGGUUGAAGGAAUGAACUUAGCUUCCUUGGAUUCAACAGAGUUCCCAGAUCCCUACGUGGUGUUCACCUGUAACGGUAAAACGAGAACAAGCUCUGUCAAGCUGCAUACCCUCAAUCCUCAAUGGAAUGAGAUCCUUGAGUUCGAUGCUUUGGAAGAACCACCCUCAGUGCUGGAUGUGGAAGUUUUUGAUUUUGAUGGUCCAUUUGACCAGGAUGCCUCACUUGGGCAUGCUGAAAUCAAUUUUGUAAAACACACAUCUACUGAAUUGGCAGACAUGUGGGUUGCUCUGGAGGGAAAACUUGCUCAGUCUUCUCAGUCAAAGUUGCACCUUAGAAUUUUUUUGGACAACAACAAUGGAGUUGAAACCAUUAAAGACUAUUUGACGAAGAUGGAAAAGGAAGUUGGAAAGAAGUUGAACCUUCGGUCGCCUCACAGGAAUUCAACUUUCCAGAAAUUUUUUGGGUUGCCACCGGAAGAAUUUCUUAUUAGUGAUUUCUCAUGCUCCUUGAAAAGAAAGAUGCCACUACAGGGGCGGCUCUUUCUAUCUGCAAGGAUUGUUGGAUUUUAUGCCAACUUGUUUGGACAUAAAACCAAAUUUUUCUUUCUGUGGGAAGAUAUUGAAGAUAUUCAAGUGCUUCCCCCAUCUCUGGCAUCUGUUGGCAGCCCCACACUGGUCAUAGUUCUGCGAAAAGGUCGAGGUCUUGAUGCUAUGCAUGGUGCAAAGUCUCAAGAUGAAGAAGGCAGGCUUCGGUUCUAUUUCCAAUCCUUUGUUUCCAUCAAUGCAGCCAGCAGGACAAUUAUGGCCUUAUGGAGGACAAGAACAUUGACUUCAGAUCAGAAAGUAGAUAUUGCAGAAGAGCAGCAGGAUCAAGAUGGACCAUCUUUUCUGCUUGAAGACACUGGAUCUUGUUUGGUUGUUGAAGAUGCAAAGAUGUCCCAGGUUUACUCCACAGAACUUCCUGUUAAUAUAAAAUCGAUGAUGGAAAUGUUUGAUGGAGGAACUCUGGAGCAGGAAGUGAUGGGAAAAUCUGGCUGUCUUAAUUAUAUGACAACGAAUUGGGAACCAGUGAAGCCUCAUGCAUAUGAAAGACGUCUAUUUUACAAGUUCAACCGUCGUGUUUCGGUCUUUGGAGGGGAAGUUACCUGCACACAGCAAAAAUCUCCCAUUGCAAUCGACAAAGGGUGGAUUGUCAGUGAGAUAAUGGCCCUUCACAAUGUCCCAUUUGGUGACCACUUCCGUGUCCAGUUUAGGUACAACAUUGAGAACUCUGCUCUUGAUCCGUGUUCAUGCAAGUGCGAUGUUUAUAUCGGCGUCAUGUGGCUGAAGAGCACAAAGUUCCAGCAGAGAAUAACUCGAAACAUAACCGAGAAGCUCACCAAUAGAUUGAAGGAAAUAUUUGAGCUGGCUGAAAGAGAGAUUUUAUUGUCGGCUUGACAAGAUAGUUCCAUCUGACAAACGUUUCAGCACCAUCUUUCAGUAUUUUCUUGGUUCGGAAAACCUCAGUGACAAUCAAUCAUCAUUUUGCGAGUGUUUUUACUAAUUUAAGGUUGCAUCAAUGUUAUUUUUGGAGUACAACAUUCUUAGCCAUGAACAAUUAUCACAUUUUUUGUUGUUUUGAUUUGUUUUUGUUUGUGUGUCAAAACAUGGUUUCUUUGUAUACCUUUUCUCCUUGUUUGUUAGUAACGAUUCAGAGAUGUACCCCUUACUGGAAUAUUGUAGUUACUAUAUUUUAUAUCAAGGCAAAA